CCGAUAGCAUCGGAAGAUUUCUACCGGCAUGAAUUUAUGUCUGACAUUCAAGCGUUUGCGGUUUGAGGUAAAUUAUGCCAAGACCAACCCCUUCCCCUGCCCCAAUUUCGUUUGAUAGUUCGGUAAACUGGGAUGCCAUACGAACCCUUCCGCAAAAGGUUCCGGGACACUGACAAGGUCUCCAUCACCUGUUCUUAAACUGAGACCUGAUGGGGCAACGGCGAACUUGCGCAGGGGGCUAUGAGAUGGGUGUUCAAUGCCACGAGUCAAGUGCACAGACACCAUUACCGCUUAUAAAGUCCGUCUAGGAACGACGACCUGAAGGAGGGUUUUCAGAAGAGAACCGAGACCACGCAUUCAGAGCAGGUUGAUCGAUCAUAAACGCAAAAUGUAUUCCGUUAUCCUUCCCAUGCUGGCGGCUCUGCUGCUAAGCCCUGUCAACGCAGCCGGGGUCAAGGGCUCGGCCUUCGGAUUUGCUCAAGGAACGACGGGAGGAGGAAACGCAAAGCUCCAAACACCUUCCAGUCUCGAAGAGUUAAAAAACUGGAUCAGUGACGAUGUCCCGCGUGUCAUCCUCAUCGACCGGGAGUGGGAUUUCACUGGCACCGAAGGCAAAACCACCGGCAAAUGCUGCAGUCAAAAGACGACCACGGAGUGCCCAGGUGGCUCGUCCAAGGGUCAGGCCUGGAUUCAGGACAAGUGCGACGAUGGUUCCUGGGUUUCUUGCACCUACGACAAUGCCGCUAGGAACCCUCUGUCUGUUGGCAGCAACAAGAGUAUUGUGGGCGUGGGCAACAAGGGUGUUCUCAAGGGCAAGGGUUUGCGCGUGAUGGGUGGCCAUAACAAUGUCAUUAUCCAGAACAUCCAUAUCACGGAUUUGAACCCUCAGUACGUUUGGGGUGGUGAUGCUCUCACCCUGGAUGGCACUGAUAACGUCUGGAUUGAUCAUAACAAGUUCUCUCUUAUCGGUCGCCAGAUGAUUGUCAGCGGCUGGAACAAAGGUGGCCACGUUACCAUUUCUAAUAAUGAGUUCGACGGUAUCACCGAGUGGUCGGCUGGCUGCAAUGGCAAGCACUACUGGUCUCUCCUUCUUCUUGGUCUGGAGGAUUGGUAUACGUUCUCUGGGAACUGGCUUCAUGACCUUUCCGGCCGCGCUCCCCAUAUGGGCACCGACUACACCAAGUCCAAGAUCUAUUUCCACGGAGUCAACAACUACUUCCAGAACAUCGAUGGCCACGCCUUCGACGUGGACACAAACACUUGGCUCCUGUUGGAGGGUAACUAUUUCGACAACGUCAAGACCCCAAUGACCGACCCCUCUCUCAAGAAGGGCGCUCAGUUGUAUACCACCCACACCGUCAACUCCGCCGGCGCCUGUCUCUCGCCUUUGGAAUACAUCUGCGAAUGGAACCGGGAGGGCGGCAGCACUGGCACCUGGCCCGACCGCACAGACCAGUCGGUGCUGAAUGCAUUCUCCAGCCUCAAGGCUCACCUGAUUGGCCACACUGGUGUCGCGGAUGUCCCUAACAACGUCAAGGCCCACGCGGGUGUUGGCAAGUUGUAAGCGAGUUCCAUGCAUUGAAUUGAUAAGGAUGAAGGCGAGCCGGGAACGGUAGUAUCAUAAUUCGUCUUGAGUUGUAUCAUACUUUCGAACAUUAGUUUGUAAAUAUCUCUUUCUCAACCUCGGGCCUUCUUGAAUCAAGAAAAAGACAAUCUGCCGAG